UUCCUCCCUCCUGGGAUGGAGCUGCCCAGGAGAUCCGGACAUUCCCUGCAUCCCUUUUCCCGCUGUUUUCCCAGCUGGGCCGGGCUGGGAAGCGCCCAGGGCUGCCCGGAGAGCUUUUCCGACUGGAGUGACUUCGGCAUGGACGAGGCGCGGCCGGAGAGCCCGGAGCGUCCGGCCGGACACGGAGUGACCCCUCUGGAGAGCCCGGAGUGUCCGGCCGGACACGGAGUGACCCCUCUGGAGAGCCCAGAGUGUCCGGCCGGACACGGAGUGACCCCUCUGGAGAGCCCGGAGAAGCCGGGAUGUCCGGCCGGACACGGAGUGACCCCUCUGGAGAGCCCAGAAUUCCCAGAAUUCCCGGCUGGACACGCAGUGACCCCUCUGGAGAGCCUGGAAUUCCCGGCUGGACGUGGAGUGACCCCUCUGGAGAGCCCAGAAUUCCCAGCUGGACGCAGAGUGACCCUUCUGGAGACCGCAGCAUUCCCAGAAUUCCCAGGAAUUCCGGGAAUUCCGGACACCCUCAGGCCCCGCAGCCCUCGCUGGGAGAGGGAUGAGCGCGGAGCCCCGGGAUGGACAGACUGGGAGCGCUGGGAACGCGGCUCCAGCGGAGAUUCCCGAUAUUCCCUGGCAUUCCCUGGUAUCCCCGGGUAUUCCCAGCACUGUUUUCCUUGCUCUGCUCCUGCCUCCAAACCCUCUGGAAUUCCCAAACUGGGACAACCCGAGCCACGCUUCCCGCCGGGAAAAGGGAGGGAUGGGGCUGGAAUUUGUGUCCCACUUCCCUUCUGGGGCUUUUCCAGGGAUUUUUGGGAAAAGCGGGAGCAGCUCGGGGUGGGGUUGGUGCCUCCCCCUCCCUCAGCACGGGGUGUGGGCAGGAAAUAAAAAACAAUAAAAAUGGAAAUAAAGUGAAAUCAAUAAAAACCCUUGGAAUUAAAGCGGAA